AGGAAAGAGAGAUAGAAAGAGAGAGUGAGUGACUAUUCUAAGUACUGCUAAGUAGCCGUUCCAGUAAGAUUAUAAACCCAUGGAACCACCUACCCGCUGAUGCCAUGAAUGCAAAGACUUCAGAUGUUAUCAUGGCAAACUAUCCUGUUAUCAUAUUUCUGUUUAGUGGCAAGCGCAAGUCAGGCAAGGACUACAUCACAGAUUUGUUACAACAAAGGCUGGAUAAAACCCAGGCCAAAACCAUACGUCUGUCUGGCCCUAUUAAGCAGCAAUUUGCUACAGAUAAUGGCUUAGAUUAUUCCCAGCUCUUAACAGCUUCAGAUUACAAGGAAGUGUACCGUCUGGAAAUGAUAGCUUGGAGUGAAGCAAAACGAGCUCAAGAUAAAGGAUUUUUUAUUAAAGCUGCAAUAGACAUGUUUGAAGGUAGUAGAUAUCCAGUUUGGAUUGUCAGUGAUAUGAGAAGACAAAGUGAUCUUGAAUGGUUUAUGCAACACUACAGUGAUUUAAUUUAUACUGUUCGUAUUACUGCAUCUAAAGAAGCAAGAGAGCAGCGGGGAUGGGUGUUUACAUCAGCUGAACAGGUGCAUCAGGUGAAAGAACCUGCCCAUUUAUGCCUCGGCCGGGAAUUGAACUCGGGCCCUUAGGACUACAACCCUCGAGCGCUGUCCACUCGUGCCACGAGGCCCCAUCACAGCACAGCAAACAGGAGAGGGGGGAAGCUGGAACCACUCACACCUACACACGGGCAGCACACAAGAGCAACUCAACACAUCAAGGAACCACCCUUGAGAGGGGAGGGAUGGGGGGGAUGAAAGGGUUAAUGAACCUGAAAACUUGACUGUGUGUAUAUAUUUUUAACCUUUAUUUAAAGUUUAGUUUUGGAACAUUCUAUUAUUCUCAAAAGAUCCUUAACAAAAUACUAUACAUUUCAUUCUUGUACUAGGUCUUAUGGAACACAUUCCUGCCUAGAAGUGGAGUCUACUAUAUAUAUCGGGCCUAAUGUUUGAUAUGUGGUUUAGUAAUUUUAAUUUUUAGAGUAAUGAAAUACAAUUUAUAUAAAUUUUUAAUGCAGCUGAGCUUGAAAGUAGUGAUAUUACUACUGUACAGUACUUAGAAUUGAAGAAUAAAAUUUAAUCUCCCGGAUGCCUGUGCCUUCAAUUACUUUAUAUAUUUUUCAAAAUGAUACGAGUUUCUUCCCAUUUAUAAAUAUACCCUAGAGAAUUAUAUUAAAAUUUUGUGCCUAAGAUGUUGUUCAAACUCACUUGUGCAAUCUCCACAUAAAAUGUAAUAUCAAUGCUACUGUAAAUUAUGCAAUGUCUGCCAGAAUAUUGUUAUGAUGCUUUUGUUUCUUGGUAGCCGUGUACUUUAUGAGUUUGAUGUGCUGAAAGUACAAAAUACAGAAAACAGUUUAGAUAUAAAACACCAAAACUGGGAGAAAUUAUUUGUAGAGAGCAUUUUGCUAUUGAAGAUGUUUUCAAAAUAAUUAGAGAAUGUCUCCUCAGAGUAAAACAUUACCUAUAAGUCUAAGUCUUCUCCCAAUUAUGUGUUUUAUUGACAUGAAUAGUUUCCAGUUUUAUGACGAACAAAGUAUAGUACUGUACUUAGUAAAGUACUAACAUUAGCUAAGGCUUUAUGACUAAACAAAAUCAAAACUUUAUAUAAUACUUUGUCAAGUGCAUCUCACCCAAAAUGUUUUUAGUAU